AUGACUCCUCACAUCUGCUCAUCCUUCAUCAUGCCAAAAGCUCAACGAAGAGCGAGAACCGUAGCUCAUGACCCGCCGCUGCGGCCAAAGAAGACUCUGCCGUCCCUGCGAGACUUCGCUGUGAACGAGCGCGUAGAAAAGGUGGUAUCCGGUAGCAAAGCUGAUCAAACGGGCGACGCUAUUUUGGCUGAGAACGCCGUCGAGCCUGUGCAGACGCCGAAGAAAGAACGAGUUGCUGCACGACACGAGCGGUUAUUGAACCGGCUUAACAUACUCUCGAACAACUCCCCACACGCGCCUUAUGCAUUUUCCAAAUCUGCUUUGAAGCGAUAUAAGCGUAAAGCGAAGGAAGACAUACCGUUGUCAGGACUCGGGGCUGCGUUAGCAGAGGUCGGAGAGGAGGUCCAGCAGGAGCAAGAGCAGCGCGCGGAACAGAAGGCCAAAGAGGGCAAGAUCGGCGAGGGGAAAGAAAGGGGACUGUCAUCCAAACAGAGGAGAAAGGCGGUCGAGACUGAGGCAAAGCAUCUCAACGCAGUCCUGAAGGAUCCUACAUUUCGUGCAAAUGCCUUCGCUGCAAUCCGCCAGCACACAGCCAAUACCUUGGAGAAACGUGAUACAUGAGAAUCAUUGUGUGAUCUUUCAUCAUGACAGGUCAAAUCUGGCUGUCGCAUAGUCAUCGGACAUAGCUCUCCAUUUCCUUAUUCUGCCCUGUAUGUCUAAGGAGGAUGAAUCCUUGUUCCUUCUCCAUUGGAAUGGAGCCUGUAAUGGGCAUAUGCACAUUUACAAGUCCAGCCUAUAUAUGAACACUCUAGAGUAUAGCAGGG